AUGGACGUAGACAGCCAAUUGCAGCUGCCAUUCGAACUUUCUGACAAUGACCUUCUCAGAGGCGCUUGCUACGUAAAUGGCAAAUGGGUGCAAGCCGAUAGCAACAAGAAGUUCGAAGUAAUUGAUCCAGGGUCUGGAAAGGUAUGGGCCUCGUGUCCAGACUGUACCGUGGAUGAUGUCGAGCCUGCCGUGCAGUCGGCUCAAGCGGCAUUCGAGAUAUACUCCAAAUUCACGCCGAGAAAGCGUGCGCAGUUGAUCUCAGCCUGGCAUCAGCUCAUCGUUUCUGCACGAGAGGACCUCGCUAGAAUCCUUGUUCACGAGACCGGAAAGCCGCUUGCUGAGGCGUAUGGGGAGCUGGACUACGCGACGACAUUCACAUGGUGGUUUAUUGGCGAGGCUGAACGAAUUCACGGAUCUGCCUUUCACUCUGCGCUACCGGGGCGACGUUCGGUAGUGACGAAACAGCCGCUGGGCGUGGCGACCGCUCUUGUUCCCUGGAACUUCCCCAUUGCUCUGGUCCUACGCAAGGCGAGCGCUGCAUUGGCUGCAGGGUGUACCAUUGUGGUUAAGACGUCACCCGAGACACCGCUGAGCGCGUUGUGUCUCGCAAAUCUGGCAACGCGAGCUGGGUUCCCGCCAGGGGCGCUCAAUGUGCUGACGACCAGCCUCGCGAAUACGCCAGCCGUGGCCGAAGCGCUAUGCCUGCAUCCGCUGGUACAGAAGGUAACGUUCACUGGCAGCACCCGGGUGGGUAAGAUCAUUGCCAGCUACUGCGCAAAGACGCUGACGAAGCAUACCCUCGAGCUCGGAGGCAACUGCCCGUUCAUCGUGUUCGAGGACGCCAACUUGGACCUGGCCAUCACGCAGCUGAUGGCGCUGAAGUGGCGGCACGCAGGCCAGGCGUGCGUCACGGCAAACAGGGUGUACGUGCAGCGCAAUGUACAUGAUGCUUUCGUUGCGAGGCUGGUCGAAGAGACAAAGAAGCUGAAGGUCGGCCAUGGCAUGCAGGAGGGCGUCACAAUGGGCGCGCUCACCACGCCUCGAAGUCUAGACAAGGCGGAAGCUUUGUUCAAGGACGCUAUAGACAAGGGCGCCCAUAUCGUCCUAGGUAGCGGAAGGAGAGCGGAGGGGCUCGGCGGCGGGUAUUUCAUGGAGCCCACAAUCUUGUCGCAGAUGAACGACGACAUGCAGAUGAGCCAGGAAGAAAUCUUUGCGCCAAUCCUGGGCGUGUACACCUUCGACACGGAGCAAGAGGUGGUAAAGCGGGCCAAUGACACGCCUCUGGGUCUUGCCAGCUAUGUAUUCAGCACAAACGUCAAUCGUUUGUGGAGGAUGUUUGAAAACCUGAAAGCAGGCAUGAUCGGUUUGAAUACGGGAAACAGCUCCGCGGCGGAGGCUCCUUUUGGCGGAAUCAAAGAAAGCGGACACGGCAAGGAGAGCGGGAAGGACGUCGCCGUCAACGAGUUCAUGAUCACGAAGACGGGAACGCUGACGAUCGAGGAUCACUUCUGA